AGUGAGCGACUCAGUGAUAUAUUAUAUACAUACAAACAAACAGAAAUAAUUUCCAGUACGUGAUUAAUUUUACUAAAAUAAAGUUACAAAGGAAUUCGUUAAAAGGGGAGAUUGGAAGUAUAAAGAAAAAAUGAGAAAAAGAAGCAAACCAAACUAGUUUAACCAAAAAUAAUUAAUGAUCAAACUGUAAACAAAACUGCGAGUGCAAACUGGAGGUGACACAAAGAGAGGCAGCAAUAUUCCACCAAGCAUUGAUGCAAGAAAGCAGAAGUGCCGACAGCGGUAGCAUUGGAGCAAAAAUCAACUAGCUUUAUUUAUUCGUCAUAUAUUCCACUAUUUCGUGUGGCAGCAAAAAGAAAGUUUCAGCGCACAGUGCUGCAGUACACGUCAAAGCAUACGGAAUUAUAGCUUGAAGCAAGUGGAGUCUCUGCGGAUGGCGAUUAUCGUUAAAGGAAUCUAUAUAAUUUCACAUUAGAAACUAAAAAAGUGCUGUGCGCCGUAAAUCACACCCUCUCGUUCCUAGCAAUGACAUCACAACUUGAGAGCUCUAAAACAAAUACAAUUGCAGAAACUAGCAACAGUGAUAGCGCAACAAAAUCGCCGCCUUUAAGCAUUGACAACCAACGCCCAGCAUCCGACUUUACAACAUACAUAAAAGAGAAAUGGAAAAGAAACAGCGCAUCGGAGCAAUUGAGUCAAAUAAUAUCGGGUGGUUUAGCUGCUGCCAUCACGCGCACACUCUGCCAACCAUUGGACGUACUAAAAAUACGUUUCCAGCUACAAGUAGAGCCACUAAAGAAGCACAUCAAUCACCAAUCGAAAUACACAAGCAUCACGCAAGCUGUACGCACUAUUUACCGCGAAGAAGGUGUACUCGCCUUCUGGAAGGGUCACAACCCAGCUCAAGUGCUUAGCAUAAUUUAUGGCAUAUCUCAGUUUUGGACCUAUGAACAGCUCAGCUUGGCUGCCAAACAAACAGUCUACCUCCGGGAUCAUGCUAAUAUAGCGAAUUUUCUUUGUGGCGCCACAUCCGGUGCAACAGCUGUCAUUCUCUCCACACCUAUGGAUGUAAUACGUACGCGACUUAUUGCACAGGAUAAAUACAAGGGUUAUAAAAAUGCAACGCGUGCAGUUUCGGCGAUCAUACGUAAUGAAGGCAUACGUGGCAUUUACCGUGGACUAAAUACGGCGCUAUUACAAAUCACACCACUAAUGGGUGCAAAUUUUAUGCUUUAUCGACUUUUUAGUAAAUCGGCUAUGCAAUUCUAUGAAGUAGAACAACGCAGCGCAUUGCCAACUUGGGUCCUACUGUGUUUGGGUGGCUCUUCGGGUAUGUUAUCGAAGUCACUUGUAUAUCCAUUUGACUUGUUGAAGAAGCGGCUACACAUACAGGGUUUCGAAUCGAAUCGUCAAACAUUCGGUGAAAACAUACGUGCACGAGGAAUAUUUAGCUGUCUGCAACAAACUGUACAACAAGAAGGGCCACCAGGUUUGUACAAGGGUAUGGCCCCUACACUUUUAAAAUCUAGCAUCACGACGGCACUAUAUUUUGCCUUUUACGACAAACUUCGUCAGAUACGUUGGUUCUCUUAACUACCUUUUUAUGUAUAUCAAAAAAUUAAGUUAUAGGUGUGAAGAUUAAUUGUUUUUUAUAUACAUACAUUAGAAUAAAGCUAUGCUAAACAAAACUGUUCA